GGGGCCGGGGCGCGGCGGCAGCUCGGGGCCCUGCUGCAGCCGGCCGUCAACAAGUUCUCGCUGCGCAUGUUCGGCAGCCACAAGGCGGUGGAGCUCGAGCAGCGCCGCGUGCAGUCGGCCGGGCCCUGGAUCAUCCACCCCUACAGCGACUUCAGGUUCUACUGGGACCUCAUUAUGCUCCUGCUGAUGGUGGGGAACCUGAUCAUCCUGCCCGUGGGCAUCACCUUCUUCAAGGACGAGAACACGCCGCCCUGGAUCGUCUUCAACGUGCUCUCCGACACCUUCUUCCUGGCCGACCUGGUACUGAACUUCCGCACGGGCAUCGUAGUGGAGGACAACACAGAGAUCAUCCUGGACCCCCACACCAUCAAAACAAAGUACCUUAAGAGCUGGUUCCUGGUCGACUUCAUCUCCUCUAUCCCUGUCGACUACAUCUUCCUCGUUGUCGACCUGGAGACUCAGGUGGACUCAGAUGUCUACAAGACGGCGCGGGCUCUGCGCAUUGUGCGCUUCACCAAGAUCCUCAGCCUGCUGCGCCUGCUGCGCCUCUCUCGCCUCAUCCGCUACAUCCACCAGUGGGAGGAGAUUUUCCACAUGACUUAUGACCUGGCCAGCGCUGUGGUGCGGAUCUUCAACCUAAUUGGCAUGAUGCUGCUGCUAUGCCACUGGGACGGCUGCCUCCAGUUUCUGGUGCCCAUGCUGCAGGACUUCCCUGAGGACUGCUGGGUCUCCAUCAAUCACAUGGUGAAUGACUCAUGGGGGAAACAGUACUCGCACGCCCUGUUCAAGGCCAUGAGCCACAUGCUGUGCAUUGGCUACGGGCAGCAGGCCCCAGAGGGCAUGACCGACGUCUGGCUCACUAUGCUUAGCAUGAUCGUGGGUGCCACCUGCUACGCUAUGUUCAUUGGCCACGCCACCGCCCUCAUCCAGUCACUGGACUCCUCCCGUCGGCAGUACCAGGAGAAGUACAAGCAGGUGGAGCAGUACAUGUCAUUUCACAAGCUGCCCGGCGACAUGCGCCAACGCAUCCAUGAGUACUAUGAGCACCGCUACCAGGGCAAGAUGUUUGACGAGGAGAACAUCCUGGGGGAGCUGAGUGAGCCACUCAAGGAGGAAAUCAUCAACUUCAACUGCCGGAACUUGGUGGCCAACAUGCCGCUGUUCGCCAACGCCGACCCCAAUUUCGUGACAGCCAUGCUAACCAAGCUGCGCUUUGAGGUCUUCCAGCCCGCCGACUUUAUCGUCCGCGAGGGCACUGUGGGCAAGAAGAUGUACUUCAUCCAGCAUGGUGUCGUCAGCGUCCUCACCAAGGGCAACAAGGAGACCAAACUCUCUGACGGCUCCUACUUUGGUGAGAUCUGCCUGCUGACGCGGGGCCGUCGCACAGCCAGCAUCCGCGCUGACACCUACUGCCGCCUCUACUCGCUCUCUGUGGACAACUUCAACGAGGUGCUGGAGGAAUACCCCAUGAUGCGCAGGGCCUUUGAGACUGUUGCCAUGGACCGCCUGGACCGCAUCGGCAAGAAGAACUCCAUCCUGCUGCGGAAGCGGGCAGAGCACAGCUCGGGGCCUGUGAACAGCGAAAUGGUCCAGCAGAUCGUCAAGCAUGACCGCGACAUGGCGCGCAGCAUCCAGGGCCUGCAGCAGGUGGCUGUGGGCCGGGAGCUGAGUGGCAAGCCAGUGAUCUGGGAGCCCCUGGUGCACGCACCGCUGCAGACAGCCGCCGCCACCACCAACGUGGCCAUUGCCCUGACCCACCAGCAGAGUCUGCAGGCCCACAUCUUCCUGCCCCCCUCGUCCAUAGCCAGCCCACUUUCACCUGAGGCCGUGCUGCUCCCCAGGCAGGUGCGCCGGUCCCAGCCCAGUCUGGGGGGCUCCCGGCCCUCUUCUGUGAGCUCCCCGUCGGGGGCACCAUCCCACAUCCACACGCCGGCGGCCGGCUCGCCAUCCUCCCCGUUGGUCCAGUCCCAGUCAUCCUUGGAGACCGCGGGACAGAGACCAGGCCCUGGGGCACAGCCCUUGCCCAGGGGGGUGCCAAAGGGGGAGCCACCUGCCAAAGCAAAGCAGCCCCUGAUAGGCUCCCAGCCCCAGCUCUCAAAGUCCCGAGGCACCUCGGCCUCCACCUCACUCCUGCAGCAGCCAGCGGGAGCCCCAUCGCCGGGCACCGAGCAGGCACUUCUGGCCGGGAGAACGCUCCACUACAGCCUCUCCCGAGCCACUGGCUCCCACAUCUCCCUGCUGAUGCAGCCACAGCAGCUGGUGAAGCACCGCAGCAUCCAAGGCCUGCCUGUUGGGAGGCUCACCCAGGAUGUCCGGCUGCUGUCGGCCUCCCAGCCCUCUCUGCCCAAUAAAAUCUCCCAGCACGUGGACGGAGGGGCCGCCCAGCCGGGCCGGAAGUCGGCAGGGAACCUGGCUCACAGGUCAUCUCCGUCAGUACCUGGACUCCUCACCAAGGCAUCCCCGGGGGCCACAGGGCAGCCAGCACUGCCGCAGCAGGCACCACCAGGACUGCCGGCUCAGCCCGGCCGGCCUCUGAGUGGAGCCUCGACCCCACAGUCCCCCGUCUCCACGCCCCGGCAUGCAGCAGGCCCCUCCCGCAAGGGCUCUGUGGCCUUCAGCCCAGAGAUGGAAACAGGGAAACCGAAACUGCCGUCCAACAUGUGAGAGCUGGGGCUGCAUCCAUACAUGGGGAGGGUGGGGGGCUCUCUGGAGAACUGCCCCGAGGUUGUGUUGAGGUGGAGGAAAGUCCUCCUGGGCUGGGCUGAGCUGGGUUGGGUCUGGGGACAGGAGGCAGGAAAGGGAGGCAGGGCAGCAGCCUGCCGGCAAAGCCCUCCGGGCUGUCAGACGUGGAGACGAGAGAACGGAGGGCGGCCAGGUACUGCAGGCACUGACUGUGCUGCCAGGACCAGGUGGGACGCAGGCAGCUCUAAGGAGCUGGCCUGGAGGGGAGGAGCCCUGGGAUCCUCCUGACCCCACUGGGAGCAGGAGCCUGUUGAAAUGCUGACUACAAGGUGCACGGUGCUGGGCAUCGCUGAGCACUGGAACUGCCCCUGCCUUCCCGGGUGCCAGCUUUGCCGUGGGGUUGUGCACUGUCUUGUCUUUCUUGCCUGCCAUUGCUGUGGGGCCUGGGCCCAGGCCUGGCUCUGCCCUUGGCAGCUCCAGUGACACUGGCAUUGCCUGAGCGGAGUUAGGGGAAUGCCUGGGGCCUCUUUUGGUUGCAUUUCUCCUGUAGGAGAUGCUCCUGCCUCACCUGGUCCCCACAAUGAAUGAGGGGCAGGGGUCAGGCCCAGCAUCCUAGUGUGAGGCCUGCAGCCUGCAGAAGGCAGAGCGGGGUGGGCAGUGUCAUGCUGGGAGGGCUGGGCCCCGUGGGCAAAGGGGGCCGGGGCAGGGCUCAUAGUGGAGCUGUGUAGGCAGGGCCUUGGAGCCUGUGGGUCCCCCAGGCACUGCAGCUCUGCUUGGGGCCCUGCUUAUGGGCUGUGGUGCCUACAGCAGGAUACCCGGGGCCCACGGUGCUGGCUGUUGAGACUGAGCAAAAUGCAACGCAGUGAGCUCCAGGCAACAAGCAGAGCAGGCUCCCAUGGGCCCAGGCUUUGCGAGGCCCCAGGGCUGGGUGCUGUGACAGCUGAGCUGGAACCACAGCAUGAGGCAUCAUCCGGGAGUGGGCUGCCCGCCCAGGCCCAGGCCCGGGGCUCAGGGAUCUUGGGGAAGAGCAGGGCUCCUAACCCUGUGUUGAGAUGCUCCUGUCCGGGCUGGGGUUGUGCGGCACAGGGAGGCCUGCUUGCUCCCCGGCCCCGUGACAGCUGGCGGGACCCGGGUUCCCUUUCUCUGCCCCAACUGGCUGCAGCCUGCGGCUCAUUGGCUGGGCUGUCAUGAGUCAGAAGUGCAUCCCUAAGGCAUUUGGUGGUCUGGGAAGGCUUGACCCCGUCCCUAUCCCCAUUCCCAGCUGUACCCACUGUCGGGCAUCUGCCCCACACUGCGGUCCAGGUGCCAUCACCAGCAUUGACACAAGGGAAGAAGAUGCCAACUUCACCCCCCAGGUCCCACUUACACCCGCUGCCACCUCACGGGGAAGGUCCUGGGCUUCUGUCUGUGCAGGAGGGCUGGGGCGGGGGUCUCUGCCCCCC